AUGGCUGCGUACAAAUCGAAAACUGUUGAGAAAGCUUCUAAGGAAUUCUUGUGCGAUCUGUUGUUGGAAGAAAAUCAACCAAUUUCGGAGCGAUUUAGAGCUUUCGCAAUGAGGGAUAAGUCAAGCAUUCUGGGACACGGGGCCGCAAAUAAAUUGGGUCGGAUGCAAGAUCCUGAUGCUAUCCCUGCGUUACAAGCUGUUCUAGGCGAUCUUUCCUUGCACCCCAUUGUUCGCCUAAAGGCUGCAGAAUCUCUUGGUGCGUUUGGUUUAGAGAGUAGUGUUCCAGUCUUGAAGACUGCUUUCGAAUCUGAUCCAUCUGCAGAAGUUAAAGAAUCAUGUGAACUGGCUCUUACUCGAAUUAGGGAGCUAACCAAUGCGAAGCCUGAUGAAUUAAGACGUUUCAAUUUGUUGGAAGUAGCUCCAUUGCUCUUUCGCCCUAUUCCGGAAUUAAGGGAAGUUCUACUAAAUGAAGACAAUAGCCUAUAUGAGCGCUGCUCUGCACUUUUUUCACUUCGACUUUAUUGUCUUCAUCCGACCUCUUGUACUGAGGAAGCAAUCUCAGCUAUUAUUGAAUCCCUAUAUGCAGAAAGCACAGUUCUACGGUGCCAUGUUCUUCAGAGUGCCUCCGAACAUCCUCUGGUUAGACAUAAUGCUGCUGAUGCUCUUCAUUCUAUUGCAGUAAAAGAAGGUCUUGAUUCGACUACAUACCGCGAAUGUAUUAUGCUGCUCAAGGAAUUUGCUGAGGAUCCUGACCCCAUUGUCUCACAAAGCUGUGAACUUGCUAUUAGGAUGCUUGAUUUUAAGAGAUCAGCGCGGAACUUUCUGGUGGAUAGAUCAUUAAGACAUGGAGAACAUAGAGCAUUCGAUAGGGAAAAAUCGAACUUAGCUAAGCAGCUUCGCAUAUGUCUAAUCUUCAUACGACCAAUCAAGCAACUACAAGCAACUACAGCUAAAAUAUUAGUCUAG